UACCUGAAAAAAUUACUCGAACGUUCAAGUCAAAAUAUUGUGGGAAUCUGGUUAAAAAUGGCUGCUGUUGAGCUUGAUCCUGUGUUCGUAAAGGCACUAAAACUGUUACACUCUAAGAGCCGAGACUCAACUGAUCAACUAUGUCAAUUACUUGAUGAUGCCAUAGCUCAAAGGAAAGGCCAAAAGUCAGCAUCAGUUACUUCAGAUUCCAAGACUUCAAAUAAAUCAUCGCAGAAACAUCAAGAAGAAGAGAAGCUGAAGAAGAGAGAGUCUGAGAAAAGAUCGCUGGACAAGCUUAAGAAGGAAUUGUCAGAAUUAUCAGAGGAGGUACCUGUGAAAAAAGCUCGUCUUGACUCGCCUCAAACCGUCAUCAAGGUGAAGGAGGAGGACACAUCUCAGGAAAUAAAAAAAGAGGAGAAGUCUUCUAAAGAACGUGACAAAGAGAGAAGAAAAGAAAAUGAGAAAAAAGUGAAGGUAGAGAAAGAAGAGAAAGAACGACAGGAAAAAUCAGAUGACAGUGAGGAUGAAGAGAAGAGUAUUGAUGCAGAUGAUUUUGCAUUUGACCUAGGCAUUGCCUGUGUUGUCUGCAAAGGUUUUGAUGUGACAUCUGGAAAUCAGCUGGUGGAAUGUCAGGAAUGCCAUAACCUAUACCAUCAGGAAUGCCACAAACCACCUGUGACUGAGCAGGAUGUGAAUGACCCUAGAUUUGUGUGGUACUGUAGCAGAUGUACCAAGACCAUGAAAAAAAUGGCAUCUGCCUCCAAGUCAGUGAAGAGUAAAUCAUCAUCUUCCUCCUCCUCGUCCACCUCCUCUACGUUGUCCUCCUCCAAGGAAACAUCUAGUCUCACCACCUCCAGUAGUAGUAGCAGUUCCAACAGCAAGAACAUUAAGUCUGACCCGUCAACACUAUUCAGCUUCCGAAGGGUUGAGUCCAAGUCAUCCAGUUCCAAAGACCAAAGUGGCAGCUCCGGGAAUCGCCCCCUCAGUGGUCUGGCAAGUCUUGCAGCCAACCUCUCAGGGAAAGGUGAUCAAAUUAAGUCCAGUAGCAGUGGCAGUAGCAGUAGAUCAGAGUCUUCUAAAUCUUCAGUGAAAUCAGAGUCAUUUAAAAGUAGUUCUAAACAUGACCACCAAGAGAAAACUUCGAGCAAGAGCAAGUCAUCCGAGUCUGCUGCAAAGCCUGGUGGAAUUAAACUUGGUGUAGACAUAUUUAAAAACUUACCAACAAAGGCUGAGCCUGUUAAAUCCAGUUCUAAGUCUAGUUCCUCAAGUAGUGGUACAAGUAGUAGUAGUAGCAGCAGCAAGCAAAGCUCAGGAGGAUCAACAUCUGCUGUUAAUGCUGACAAGAGAUUACAGAUGAUGAAAAAGAAAGCCGCAGCUAAACUGCAAGAGAAACGCUCUUCUUUAAGAUAAGAUAUACACAUGAUAGGACUGUUACAGAGGAAUCAAAAAUAGAUAUGCGACCUUCACUUACACUUUACAUGAACAACAUCACUUUCUCUGCUAAAAUUCAUAGAGAUUUCCUGUCAAAAAUCUGGAUGUACGUCAAUAUCCUUUGUCCAUACUUGACUCGAAGUGAAGUCAUUGAGUUGAAUCACUGUCGGAGCUUCACAAGCUAUGUUGGUACAAGGAAAAUGCAGAUUUGAUGUUAUGUUAAAUGUAAUAAAGGACCACACACAUUU